UGGCGAUGUGGUACGUGCCCCACUCCCCUCUAGUUGCAUUACUACCAGUCGGCGUUCACGCUGAUUGGGGCAGGAAUCGAAACGCUGGAGCAUGCGACGAGGGAGAUGGGUUCGGUCUUGCCUAAGGGGGUGCAUUGGAUCAGAGACUCGGCGGUCAAGUUCGAUCCGGACAACAAGCGGGUCCACACCGGCUCUGGCGAUCAGAUCAGCUAUGAGUACAUGGUGAUAGCGAUGGGUGUUGCACUCGAUUUUCACCAGGUACCAGGGCUUGAGGAAGCCCUGGAGAAGGACCCUAUGGUUUGCUCAAACUAUUCCCCAAAAUACGUUUCCAAGACGAGUAAAGCCAUCCACGCCUUCAAGGAAGGAAAUGCCAUCUUCACGUUCCCGAACACCCCAGUGAAGUGUGCAGGCGCACCACAACAGGUUGCCUACCUGACGGACUGGCACUUCCGACGCGAAGGGAAGAGAGAGCGAGCAGAGGUGAUCUACAACACGUCACUCCCUGUGGUAUUCAGCGUGAAGAAGUACGCAGCUUCUCUGAUGAACGUGAUCAAAGAAAGAGGGAUCAAAUUGAACGUGAGGCGUAAUCUCGUCGAGGUUCGAGCAGACAAGAAAGAAGCCGUCUUCGAGAAUCUCGACAAUCCCAGCGAGAAGAUAACCUAUCAGAUCAUGACAAUGUUUGACAUAGCACACUUGGCCCCGUCCUAG